AUUCCUAGUCGUACGCCCUGCAUCCCACGCCCCCUCGCACACCCACCCUUCCUCAUGCUCUCCGCCGUCCUCCCACCUCUGCGGGCCAUCGCCCCUACCACCCUCCGCUCCUGCCCCUUGCGCGCAGCCCCUAUUCCCCGGGCAGCAGUCAGACCCUUCAGCACCUCGUCGCUGCUGCGUGAAAUCAAGACUCGCUACACCCCCGAACACGAGUGGGUGGCCCUGGACACAGACACCAACAUUGGCACAGUGGGAAUCACAGAUUAUGCACAAAAGAGCUUGGGAGAUGUAGUGUACGUGGAGCUGCCCAGCGAGGGAAGCGACGUCAAGCAAGGAGAACAGAUCGGAGCCGUCGAGUCCGUCAAGGCAGCCUCGGACAUCUACUCGCCAGUAGCAGGCAACGUCACGGCAGUCAAUGACAAGCUCAGCAGCGAGGCCAACCUGCUCAACAAGAGCCCAGAGAAGGACGGCUGGCUCUGUCAAAUCCGUCUCUCCAAUCCCGCCGAAUUCGAAAGCCUGCUGGAAAAGUCUGCCUACGGGAAGCUGACGGAUGACCACUGAGUAGGGGAUGGGAGACUUCGAGAGACGUGUAAUACAAUGAGUUAAAGCAGAACGAUUUGAUCGGGCUGAAUCUGGGCUGCGCUGAGGGAAGAGACAGCAAAGACGACCCUACGACGAUCCAUGACCCUGCGAGUACCUCACUUGACUUUUCUUGACGCCCUCUCUUGAUGAGUUCGAGGGACCUGGGUAAGGUGAAUGCUCGCUGCUUUCGACUGACCUCUACAGAAUCCUCCCACGCAAGGAGGAGCCUGUCUCAGAGUUACUUCUCCAUGAUGAGCUUAUCCUUGUACUCGUACUUGGGUAGGACGGA